AGCCCAGGCCUUGCUGGGAAAACGAGGAGGCCCGUGUUUGGGGUUGCCUAGCAACCGCUUUCCUCCCCCCUCCCGCCCCGGCCCUUCAUGGCUGCUGCCGAGGAACCCCCGGGGGCGCCAAACCUCUGGGACCAAAUCUGUGAAGAAUUUGAAGCAGAACAGCCUCUCCAUCCUGAUAGUUAUGUAGUGAAACAAGAGCCAGCGCAGGGAGAGAAACAGGAGCCAACAUUUCCUGUUCAGCAGGUUCCUGUUGAUGCUGGAACUUCACCACCUUUGAGCAGGGAUGAGAGCAAAUCAAUUAUUUUGGAUGAAUUGGUUCCUCUGAAGACCCCUUCCCUCCAUUCUCUACCAUCAGCUCCUCUGCUACCCAGUCUAAAAACAUGUUCUCCGAGGGAAUUUAUAGAGCACUACAUAUUUCCUGUGCUGCUACCAGGAAUGGCAGAAUUGUUGCUUCAGGCUAAAAAAGAAAAAUGUUUUGAGAGGAAAAGAACAAAGUUCAUUGCCCUUGAUUUCCUUACGGAAUGGUUAUACAACCAGAAUUCAAAGAGGAAGGAUGAGCCCUUCACGGAAUUCUUCGAAAUCCCUUUUGUGAAAGAUUGGCUGAAGGACCAUCCUAGGCCCCCCAUUGCUCUCUCUCUGCUGCUCUCAGAGGAAGAAGCAGGCAACAUAAUUCAGUCAUUUUGGAGAGGUUAUCGGGUCCGCUGUGAGCCUGAGGUUCAAGAACUACGCCAGUGGCAAAAACACUUGAGGGAGACGAAGAAUAUCCUAAAACGGGUACGAGAAUUCUGGGCCAAACAAGAGAAAAAAGUGGGAACCAAGAUGGAAGAUUCUGCACAGCCCACACCAGUACGCUCCAGACUUUCUAUCAUGGAAAUAUUGCAGAAGACAGAAGUUGCAGCAGAAGUCAAGGAGGACCAGCCAUGUUGUUUGUUUGAACCCUCCCUUUAGAGCCUCUCUAUGUUAUUUGGCUCUGCAGUCCUAGGUUUAAAUCCAGUCCCCUGUCCCAACUAGACAUCCCAAUGGAUAGACCCACUGAAUCAAUUAAACUUAUUUAAUUCCAGUUGAUUCAGCAGGUGUGCCCUCCUUGGGAUCGUCCACUGGAUUCAACCUAUAUUCUUUUCAUGCUACUUCUUGUUGGCCGGGCAGCGCAGCUGUGCCACCAUAUCAGGCAUACUUGCCCACUGGGAGAUUUUUAUUUUGCUAUUUUGGAGAUGCUCUAAAACGACCUUUUCCACUUUUCAAGGAAGAAUGCUGCAAUCCACGCGUACUCUGCAAUCCUGGCAUUUAACUUGAUUUUGGUCCCAUCGCUGUCAAGAUGAUAAGUGUUUUUGGUUAAACCGGGAGCUGUAAUGCAGGUGGCAGCUGACAUUCUGAUUGAGCUAAUGGCACUGGAAAAGUCAGGAUAAGGUGGAUUCAGGGAGGCCGGGGGUCCAUCCAUUCACAUCAGCAAUUUUGUAAGUGAAAAGCCCAGUUACAUCAGGGUGGCAGCUUCUGUCCCACAUUCACUUCAUAAAUAAAGGAGACCCUAAUAAUAACAAGCGAUGGCAGGAUGCUGUUCCCAGCCAGAGCCAACAUUGUUUCCAGACCUUUUCCCCUACUAUGUUGGCCUUCCAGAGGUUUUGGGCAGCCCCUCCCCAUCCCUUACUGUUCGCUCAGUUGCCUGAGGCAGGAGGGCUCAAACAUCUGAAAGGCUUAAGGGGUUCGGCACAACAGUUAUUUUAUUUUAUCUUUUUUUAUAUGAAUGAAAAAGCUCAAAAAACAAUGCCAGGCGUGGUUGGGAACAGCCCUCUAGUUAUAUGGUCAUUAUUACUUUUAUCAUUAGGAUCCUUUAUCUAACAAAUGUACUGGUUAACAAAGCAGAUGUGUCCUGGAAAACUUUCUUGUCAUGGAAUUGAAUCAGGGAUGGGGAUUUUUUUUGCUCUCCAGAUGUUGGACUGCCAACAGUUCUUAAGACCAGCUGUAGUAACUGAGGCACAUGGGAGCUGUAGUCCAACAGAAUCUGGAGAGCCCAUUUCCUCCAGUCCCAACUAAAGUAGAUGUUCAAGCAGAUGCGCUGAGAUUUCAGUUGACUUUUUCAUAUUGCAGUUGGAUUGUAAAAGUACACACCAUCGUAUUUCACAACCGUUUAAAAAUACACACGGCUAAAGUUGACUUCCCCCACCUUCUGAUGCUGUUCUGGUAAGAUGAGCAAAUGAAAGUAUCAGAAAUCCCAAGGGAAUGAGGGCUGGAGCUCACCGCAGUUGGGCUUUAGUGAAGUGUGCGUGGCAUCUUUUCCAAAUGUUAAAAACACAUCUUGACUCCCAAAGCCAAA